AUCGUUUAGUUUGGACCUAGCGGGCACCCUUCCUUAGCAACAACUGCAGCUUGGAGCAGCGAUUGGUAACGGAUGAUGUCUACACCGUUCGUUUGGCUAGUUGCGGUCUUGUUUGUAUAGUUGUUUUUUCAUUUUAGUUAAUUUAAAAGGCUGAUAUGUCUUCAGGCAAUCCGUCGGUGUUUCUUCUGUCGGUGAACGGUCAAAUUGAGGGAGCGAAUUUUCCAGAGUAUGACAACCUUUACUGCAAAUACUGCUAUGUUUAUGGACAUGAUUGGGCUCCAACGUCGGGGCUGGAGGAAGGCAUCACUCAAAUAACCUGCAAAGGCAGCCAGGCUUCACAUAGACUAAUAUGGAAUUUUCCACUGGAAACAACAUUUAAAAGCACAAACCCUUUUGGAUGGCCUCAGCUUGUGGUGAGUGUGUACGGUCCAGAUGUCUUUGGAAACGACGUUGUCCGUGGCUAUGGAGCGACACACAUCCCUUUGACACCUGGACAGCAUAAACGAACCAUACCCAUGUUUGUUCCUGAACCUACGUGGAGGCUACAGAAAUUUACCAGCUGGUUGUUGGGAAGAAGACCCGAGUACACAGACCCUAAAGUUGUGGCCCAGGGUGAAGGCCGAGAAGUGACUCGGGUUCGAUCCCAAGGCUUCGUCACCAUCUCCUUUCACAUCAUGACCAAGGACAUGAAGAAGUUGGGUUACGACACGGGGCCGUCAAGUUCUGCCAACCCACACACUGCCUCACCUGGCUGGUCGACAGAACAGCAACCCAACGUUUAAUGACAUUUAAGACUUAAAACAUGCGACUGUUCCUUUUUUUGUGACAUGGAGGACACAAAGUGAAAAAGAUGGUGACAUCUCUGUAAGAUAGUAAAAAAAUAUAAAAACAUAACUUUUUUAUCAAUUUCAUAUUUGUGUGUUUAUAUUGCUUUUUAUAAAAUUAAAUGUGGAUAUAAUCAACCA